AUGACAAUCGUUUCUGUGAUACUGGGUGUUACGCUUGGGUUUGGGCUACGACCACUAAAUUUGUCAGCUGAAACAUUACAACUGAUCAAUUUUCCUGGCGAAAUUUUCAUGCAAGUGCUCAAAAUGAUGAUUCUACCGUUGAUCUUCUCAUCGCUUAUUUCUGCUCUGGCACAAAUGGACGCAAAAGAAUCUGGUCAAAUGGGAUUGGCAACUGUUCUUUACUACCUCACCACUACAGUAUUAGCGACUUUGCUCGGCAUUUUCCUUGUGAUGACGAUCCAUCCUGGUGAUCCAUCCAUCAAAGCUGGACAUCUUCCUGAUGUUCCUGUAGACACCGAAGUUUCUCCUUUAGAUACUUUUCUGGAUUUAGUAAGGAAUAUGUUUCCUGAAAAUAUUAUCCAAGCGACAUUUGAAAGAAUGCAAACGACAUAUGUUGCACAAAGGCCGAAAAUAGCUAAGAACGCUUCCGAUCAAGUUAUUAUUAUGAAAAAAGCGAUUAGCACUACUCGUGGAACGAACAUUUUGGGCAUAAUCGUCUUCUGUACGGGCUUUGGUAUAGUGAUCUCACAACUUGGCGAACGUGCCAAGAUUGUCGUUGAUUUCUUUGUGAUUCUUGAUGCUGUGAUUAUGCGUUGGGUAGAGACACUUAUGUGGUUUGCUCCACUUGGUAUAACAUGUUUGGUUUGCGGAAACUUGUUAGAACUUGAUGAUUUAUCGGAUACUGCAAGUGUUUUGUUAUUAUAUGUGCUCACUGUAAUCGCCGGCCUCAUCUUGCAUACGGUGAUUACCUGUCCGAUUCUUUAUUUCUUGAUCACAAGAAAGAAUCCGAUGUUCAUCGUACGUGGUAUGAUGCAAGCAAUUGUGACCGCUUUUGGAACUGCUUCUGGUGGUGCAACAUUGCCGAUGUCGAUGCAAUGUAUGGAGGACAACUGUCACAUAGAUAGACGAAUUUCACGAUUUGUUCUUCCUCUAGGCUCUACGAUCAAUAUGGAUGGGAAUGCCCUCUAUGAGGCAGUUGCCGUUAUAUUCAUUGCACAGCUUAACAAUGUUGAAUUAUCCUUUGCUGAAGUAUUGACUGUAAGUGUUACCGCUACGGUGGCAUCCAUCGGUCUUGGCUCCGUGCCAGCUGGGCUUGUUUCAAUUUUGUUAAUCUUGAACACUGUUGGAUUGCCAAUCAAGGAUGUUUCGUUGUUGUUAACGGUCGACUGGCUGCUCGACCGUGUUAGGACCUCCGUUAAUGUGCUAGGUGAUGGUUUUGCCGCUAGUGCGGUCGCUCAUAUCCUGCAGGUAGACAAAAGACGAUUAGAUGUAUCAGAUGCUAGGCACGAUUAUCGAACGGGAAUCAAGGAAGAAAUAGAGCUGCUGAAGUCAGCGGCAAAUAGCCGACGGCCUUCAUUCACCUGGUCAGAACAUUCAAAAGAGGUCUAUUUCAAUGCGCUGGCCAACAACUCUGAGAUUCAAUCUCGGAUUCAAUCAAGGAGUGGAUCAAUUGCGAAUUACAAUCUGUACUGGAGAAACGCAUUAGUAGAACCCGGCUACUCCCCAUUAAACAAGAUUGAGGAUGUAUAGUUUAGAAUCAUCGACCUUUGCCAUAUGGCCUGUACAUAAAACACGUUUUAUCACACACAAGGUAAAUUUCGCUCAAUUUUUUCGCCAUUAUAUUAUUUGGUUAGCGUUUUCCUUACCUGUGGUAAGCGCUACCUAUAAGGUUAAAGUGACACAUGAACACACCAAAGAGCUUUAACUGUCUUGUACUUAAAUUCAUGUACGUAAUAAAUAUU